AUGACUCCUGUCGACUUUACCUCCUUUUUUCCCAUGUCCAGGGCGUGCCAUCGCCUCCACUACUUCCCCAUCGUCGCCAGCGUCUCAUGGUUCAGCACCUUGACCAUUCUGCUGCUUCGCUGGCUCUCGCUCGGCAGGCCGCGGUAUCCUGGCCAGAUCAAUCCGCGGGUCCCCUUCAUCAGCGACAUGGCGGCGCAUCAGUUCAAGCCUGUCUUCAUCACCGGCUGCACUCUCACGUCGGUGUGCUUUGUCGGGACAGUUGCUGCGGUACAUCACGUCCGGUAUUCGCCUCGGUUUUACGGACUCGUCGACGAUGCAUGGUGGAGAAAGGCUGUCGGUCUUGUCGCGCUGGUGUCGGGGCUGGGCGCCGUGGCAUGCCUCUUGCUCCUCAGCAUCUUUGACAUUCUCGGAGAGCAGACCACGCACUGGCUUCUCCUGCUUGGCUCCUUUGGCGGCCUGGGCCUGAGUGCGCACACGACCGAGAUUGUGUGGUGGGAUCAGACGUGGAAGUCGUCGCCCUUUGCCGGUCUGCGCAAAUGGUGUGUUGUGAAUAAUGUGCUUGUAGCCUGCGUCACCGGUGUCGGUGUCUCAUUCCUCGUGCUCUUAUACACGGACAACUACGGCCGAGCGGGCAUUAUGGAAUGGACAAUUACGUACUUGGGGUCGAUUUGGCCGGCCACCUUUACCGGCUACGUUAGAUUCCGGGAUGACGAUGGCACCGUCUUGAGGCCAGAGGCGGACGCUGAGCGACUGCCGUUGCUAACCGAGACCUAA